AUGUGCCAGCGCGGCAGGGUGCUGGCGGAGAAGCGGAGCUUGGGCAGCAGGGACGGGCCCCCGCACCUCGUGGUUUUGGUGCCGCUGCACAGUAGGGCUGCAGCCCACGACGCCCUCCGCUUGCUGCAGAGCCAGGACUCUGCUGUUGUGCGCGUGGAUGAGGGGAGAGCUGGUGGCUUUGCGCUCCUCUGCCCCCGACUCAAGCAGCGCUGGCGCUUUGUGACAGCACAGGCAGGGGACCUUCACGCUGUCUUAGACCUAGCAAAGGUUGCUGACUCCCUCCUGUUCAUCCUGGAUCCUGCAGAUGGCUGGGACAGCGCGGGGGAGCACUGCCUCUCCUGCCUCUUCACACAGGGGCUCCCCAGUUAUGCUCUUGCUGUCCCAGGGGGCACUGACUUGCCACCUAAGAAGCGGAUAGAUGCCAGGAAGAAACUUGCCAAAGCCAUUGAGAAGCGCUUUCCCGAGGCCAAGCUCUUCCCCCUGAACACGGAGCAGGAGUCCUCGCUGCUGCUGAGGCACCUCGCCACCCAGAAGCAGCGGCAUCUCGCUUUUCGGGACAGGCGGGCUCACCUGCUUGCCUAUGCUGCUGAGUUUGUGCCCGGUCAGGAGAGCGACCUGGUUGGGACCUUGAAGGUGUCCGGCUUUGUCCGGGGACAGACCCUCAACGUGAACAGCCUGGUGCAUAUUGUGGGGCACGGAGACUUCCAGAUGAGCCAGGUGGAUGCCCCCCCCGACCCCCUCACUUUGAACCCCCGAGUGGUUAAAGGACGGAAGAGGAGUCAGGACAUGGAGGUACAGGAUGACUCUGUAAAUGGUACCGAUGAGAUGGAGGAAGAUGUUAAGGUCCUGAUGAAGGCAGAUCCAAACAAACAGGAGUCUUUGCAGUCAGAAGUGGUUCCUGAUCCUAUGGAAGGGGAACAGACGUGGCCUACUGAAGAAGAACUGCAAGAAGCAGAGGCUUCUCUGAAGGCAAGCAGGAGGGUGGUGAAGGUCCCCAAAGGCACAUCCAAGUACCAGGCUGCCUGGAUCGUGGAUGAUGGAGAAGAGGGCAAUCAGGAAGAUGAUGAUGAUGAUGAUGACGACAUUGAGGAUGAUAUGAUGGAAGAGGCAGUUUCCCAGGAGGGGGAAAGCAGCGAGGAGGAAGAGGAACCUGCAGAGGAGGAAUGUGAGACCAUGACCAUUUCUGAGUGCUUGCGGGACGACCAGUACGACGAGAAGGUGGAGGAAGAUGAACAGAUGUUGGAGAGAUACAAACAGGAGAGAAUGGAUGAAAUGUUUCCGGAUGAGGUGGACACGCCACGUGACGUACCUGCCAGAGUCCGGUUCCAGAAGUACAGGGGGCUGAAGAGCUUCCGAACUUCUCCAUGGGACCCCAAAGAGAAUCUCCCAAGGGACUACGCCAGGAUUUUCCAGUUCCAGGACUUCUCCCGAACCAGAAAGCACCUCUUCCGGCAAAUCGAGAAAGAGGAGACUGAAGGAGCCUCGGUUGGCUGGUAUGUUACACUUCAUGUCUGCAAUGUCCCUGUCUCGGUGAUGGAGAGCUUCAGAGAAGGGAAGCCCCUAGUCCUGUUCUCACUGCUUCCCCACGAACAAAAGAUGUCUGUGUUGAAUUUCCUGGUGCGUCGGCAUCCGAGCAACAGCGAGCCAGUGCGGGCAAAGGAGGAGCUGAUCUUUCACUGUGGGUUCAGGCGCUUCCGAGCAUCCCCCCUGUUCUCCCAGCACACCUCAGCUGAUAAGCACAAGCUGGAGCGUUUCCUGCGCCUGGAUGCUGCCCUGGUGGUGACUGUUUAUGCUCCCAUCACUUUCCCUCCUGCCUCAGUGCUGCUUUUCAAACAGAGGGGUAACGACAGAAUCGUCAUCAAGCGGCUGGUGCUCAGUGGCCAUCCUUUCAAGAUCUUUACCAAGACGGCUGUCGUGCGAUACAUGUUCUUUAACAGAGAGGAUGUGAUGUGGUUUAAGCCAGUGGAGCUGAGGACAAAGUGGGGUCGUAGAGGACACAUCAAAGAGCCAUUAGGGACCCAUGGUCACAUGAAGUGCCACUUCGAUGGACAGCUAAAGUCCCAGGACACGCUGCUGAGCCUCUACAAGCGUGUUUUUCCUAAAUGGACUUAUGACCCCCACGUUCCGGAGCCCGUGCCGUGGGUGAGGAGCGAGAGCGCGCUGCCGGUGCAGGAGGUGGAAAUGGAAUAAGUCUUCAGCGUGGCUAAUGCAGUUUGUGCCUUAGCUCCCCAGAUGCUGUUCUCAGCCCGUGCGCAGCGAGGACAGCACUGAUGUUUUGGACGUAUUACUGCUGGGGUCUGUACAGGGGUGGCUGUCUCACCAGCUGCUGCUCAGGUACCAGCUACAGCUAUUUAUUUUAAUGGAAA